AUGAUAUGGGCGAACAAACUGCUGAACAUUGUUUUGUCUGUUUUGACGAUAAAUAACGCAAAGGCUGGGGGAAUAGUGAGUCGCACUUUCAACACUGUGAGUGCCGUUCAAGAUUUUGGCUAUUGCGGCUUCUGAUUUACUGAAAUAGGGUAUGUUGUGUGGACUAUGAUUGGAAAACGCCAGGGGUCCCACUUACAAUCAGAAGGUAAUUUCAUGUGACGUCUGGGCGUUGAAAGGACUUAAGAGACCCCUGCCCUGUGAAAGAGUCACGGUUAGUAUUUUUGUCAGUUUUUGUCGCGCCCUCGCAUUGUUACGUUGCUGUGGCUGGUUUGAAAUUUGGGUUCGUAAAUCACCAGUAUUACAAUUUUAAUGCCAAACAACUGUCUUCAGUUAUAGUCGCAAUUUGGUAAAACUGCACAAACACGGCAUUGAAACGAAGACUAAUGACUGUCUGCAAUGAGCAGGGUUUAGUGAAAUCAUGGCGAGCGGGAGCGUGAAAGGAAAUUAAAAUAUUUAACUGAGAUAUAGUAAGUGAAACUUAAAACUUACAUUGGCGGCUGACUUCGUGGGCUUGAACAAAACCACAGAAAAACUCCUCUAAUUUGAUGAGAAAUCUUCGUAAAACUCCAUUAAUUAAUUUGGUGUAGAACUUCGCUUAACUAUCUUGACAGACUUGACAGCUAAAAAUGAAGAAUUUACUACAGAAAGCGAUCUUUUUAUAGAAUUGCGAAGUACGCAAUGAAAGAUAAUAAUAUCCGGUAUUGAGAAACGAGUGUCAAUAUUGCUAAAGGUGCUUAUUAUUAUCUAAGAGGCCUCUAGUGCUCUAGAACAAAGCGGCCUUCUUUUGUUUACCGUAAACAAAGGAAAUUUUCAUAGGUGACCAUCAGCAUUUUUAAAAGUUGCGUUAGCAGUUUGUAAUUAUCUCCAGUAUAUUCUUCAAAAGGGUAGUGGGAAAACCAAAACACAGUUCUCUAAACUUAACAGCAGUCACAUUUGUUGUCUCUUAUUUAAAAGUAUGUACUUAUUUUAUGCACAGACAGUGAACAUCAUAAAGGAAAAGCAGAUGAUGUAUUUCGACUCAAUGUUCACAUCCGAUCAGGGUCGUUUAGAAAUAAGGUGA